AUGAAGCUCACCUUCGUUCUCACAUUCGCUGCUGCCGCUUUUGCCAUCGUUGGAGCUGCUUCUCUUGAAGGAAGCACAAAUGCUGCUAGGAUGGCGCGUGGAUUACCGCCGAACCCUCCUGCGUUCAUGAGUGAAGCGCGUUGUACAAGCCCGCGCAUCGCCAACAUACCAUCCGUAAGAGGUGUCGUGUUGUAUCUGCUGUUAAAGUCAUCUAGACUCCCGUCCUCCUCCACUAUAGACAUUUUCACCCUCCCUUAUCUACCUAUCAUCGUUUUUGCGAUGACCGCCCACUUUCCUUUCUUUCUCCUUGUACCUUAG